AUGAGUAAUAUUUUGGCAGUGUUUAAUCCUCCACCACAGAGAGAACUUGAGAAAGAGGAGACUAUGGACUGUGUUCCUUGUCAAGUUAUGAGUACUAUGUUUUCGGUUGGAUUUGGGUCAUACUUGGCCUCUGGGAAGCCAUUCAAGUAUGGUAAAAAAGAAACCAAAAGGGGAAUUUCUUUGGCUGAAUUUGAGAAGAGAAACCCACGAUGGUGGAAGCUAACUUUACGUAGCUUUGGUGGGUUAUUGAUCGCCUUUGGAUUCGUUAGAGGUACCGAAGGCUGGCUAUGGCAUAAAAAUAAAGAAUAUAAAAACUAUAAGAAAUUAAAUAAUGGUGAACCACGGACUAACUAA